ACCCGAGCACUCGCACAUCCCCCGCUUGACUUGAUUCCUCGCCCGGUCGGUCUCCUGAGAACAACCACGAGGCCAACAAGGACGAGGAUAUCUCAUCCGUACUUGGACAUUGGUCUUUAUCAUGCUAGGAGGACCUCUUUCGUGCUGGGGAAUUGAGCUUGGAAUUCCUGCUUGACAUCGACACUGAUCACGCCCUGAUCUUCCGUGCCAGCCAUUGCUUUCACCACCAUCAACGAAUUCCUCUUGGUGUCCAAUUACAGUACCACUCCUUAACACUUGGGUUUUUCAAUUGUGGGCAGGACAGAACUUUACCCAGCUGCUCAGCGUCCCAGCUUUGCUGCGGCUCUGCCUUAGACCACUUCCAACGACUCCAGGCUCAAACCUUACCCUCCCACUCUCGAAAAUCCCCUACCCACACUACCCACGCUCGUUGUUGCUCCUCUACCCCAUAGCACAAUACAUCAACUAAGUAUUUCGACUAUCCGCCAAAGGAACAUUUCCUAGGUGCUAUUCCACCUCCGUCCCUGCGCGCCGCCGUUGCCUUCGGUCACUUUCUCCGAACUGCAACUUCCACCCUUGCCACUGAGCCGUUCAGUGAAGAAUGCCAGGGCUGCAUGCCGGCGGACAGAAACCCAGACCCAGCAGGUCCCUUCCCUCUAACGCCCUCAACCGCAGAAAGUGGACUUACGCAUUCCCUCAAGCGACGCUCUCAAGAGUCCCGAACUACCUCGCCUUCCAUUGACGUUCCUGCCCGGAAAUUGAUCAAAAGAUCUUCCUCGCUUGCCGCCCCAGCUUCCAGACGUAAUGACUUAACACAUCGACGUCGUGGUGGGCAAGAUGAGGAAGGCCAAGAGGAGGACUUGACAAAGACUUCAUUCCCUGCUCCCAGGCGAUCACUGACCGGCGGCCAUUCGAACUCGCUACUUGAGGCGACUGCAACAAUCCUAAGCCAAGAGGGCAACAUGACGCCCACUAGGACGCCCGGCACUGGGCGAGAUUACGCUGGAAGCGCAAUACCUAUCAGGUCAUCGCCGCAUACCGGUCCUGCAACGACCGAACAGAAGAGCGGAACAAGAUCUCAUGCCCCUCCAGACCCAAGGCCGCCAACCGGGCACCAGCUGCUACAUUCGGUCGCUCUGGUCGAGUAUUUACAGCUGGACGAGCGCCCUACAAUCGUGGUGGACAUAGGUGACGAUGCCAAUCUGUCCAACGGGCUUCAGAUCCUGUUCGCCAAUGCUGCUCUAAAGUCUCGGUCCUCGCUUUUCGACCACGUUCAGGGACGUUCCGAGGAUCCCACUCUCUUGCUUGAUCUAGGAACAUCAUUCAAUGAUUUCAGAUCGUGGGUUCUGGCCCCAGCAACAGAAGUCCUUGUUGUAACAAAAUUUCCCUUCGCGGGCUUGUUGUGGCAGAGCUCUCUGAUUCGAAGACGGCUGAAGGUGGUACAAGGACAGCCACAUCCCUUCUCGCCUCCUGCGCUCGGUGACAAUCCUGGCCGGCCUCAGAUGCAACAAUACAAGGGGUUGGGUUCUACGUCUUCGUCCGCAACCGGCCGCGGAGAUGCCACCUCGUCAAGCUAUUUCGACAUCUCUCCGCGGCCAAGCUCGCACAUACCCAGAACAAUGGAGAGCUUAGUGUCGAACAUGUCGAACCCUUCACCACGCACACCAGAUGAUGCUUCUCCCCUUUUUACUGGAGAUAUGAAAGAUGCUGACCCACUGUCUGAACCGCCCUCGACCGGUAGGGAUGGAGUGACAAUGUCUUCAAUUGCUCCCACUGCAACAGGCACCGGGAUUGCUCCCAUUACAGCAGGUACCGGCUUGGUGGUCCCAGUGGAGGAAAGAAGCUGUUUUGACUGGACACGUUUGCCCAUAUCGCCAUCGCUUCCUGCACAUGUACAAUUCGCUCGCGGAGUCGACUGGGCGAAUACCAGCCUUGGUCCCAUCGAAGCCUGGUCUGCAGAUCUUCGGGCGAUGUGUAAUCUAAUUAUGGCAAGUCCUCACCCUUCGGCGAUGUAUUGGGGAAGGGACCACGUCGCCAUCUACAAUGAAGCAUACGUUUUGCUCGCUGGGCAAAAGCAUCCCAAGCUGAUGGGUAUGCGCUAUCGAGAUGCAUGGGCCGAGAUUUGGGACGCGCUCGAGGAUGUCUUUGACAGUGCCUUCAGCAAUGCCCAAGCUACCAUGAAAGACGAUGACUGUUUGUUCAUGAUGCGUAACGGCUUUUUGGAGGAAACGUACUUCUCCUGGUCAAUUAUUCCACUGAUCGGCGACGACGGAAGCGUGGUUGGAUUGUACAAUCCUGCUUUUGAGAAGACUCGCCGCAAAAUUGCAGAACGGCGUAUGCUUACUCUCCGUGAAAUAGGCGAGCGUACGGCCACGGCGAGGGAGGUCUCGCACUUCUGGGGUUUGCUGCUUGAGGGUCUGGAAUACAACGAAUACGAUGCGCCCAUGGUCAUGAUAUAUUCUCUCAACGAGGAUUUAUCAGACAACGAGGCAUCAUCGUCAGCUUCUAGUGGCGGCGCGUCAAACAAGGUGUGCUACUUGGAAGGCACUUUGGGAAUCCCUUCAGGGCAUAAAGCCGCACCUCCCGUCAUUGAUAUGAAGACAGGAACAGGAGGAUUCGCAGCGUCCUUUCGACAAGCGUUGACAAAUGAUAGACCUAUCGUGCUUCGUGUGGAUGAUGGCACUCUCGAAGCGGAUAUGUUGGAAGGCAUCGAAUGGCGAGGAUUUGGGGACCCUUCACGGAUCGUUGUCAUUGCGCCUAUUCGGCCCACUACUGGUGAAUCGACUUUAGGGUUUCUGGUCAUGGCUACGAAUCCGAGGAGACCAUAUGACGAAGAUUACGAUCUCUUUGUUCAACUCCUUGGUCGACAAUUGGCGACUUCAAUCGCAUCGGUGGUCUUGUUCGAAGAAGAGAUCAAAAAGCGUGAACGAGCGGCUCAACUGGCGGCCCAAGAUCGAAUAGAAUUGAACAACCAAUUGGUCGCGAGGACACAGCAAGCCGUGGAAGCUGAGAACAAAUUCACCAGGAUGGCAGAGCUGGCACCCGUGGGAAUGUUUGUUGGUGAUGCCGAUGGCCAGAUCAACUUUGUCAAUGACGCGUGGUAUAGCAUCACUUCCCACCCGCGCGAUGUCGUGGUCGAUCGCGAGUGGAUCAAGUAUGUUGUUGAUGAGGACCAGGUCAAGGUGCGCGAGAUGUGGAAGACCAUGGUGGACAAGAGAUGCGCAGUCUCGAUGGAAUUCCGUUUCAAGACACCUUGGCGAGACAAGGUUGGUAACACCGGGUCCACCUGGGUUCUGACAAGUGCAUCGCCAGAGCGAGAUGGGGACGGACGAGUAGAACGAGUCUUCGGAUCAAUGACCGACAUCAGUGCACAAAAAUUUGCAGAGAACCUCCAGACUCGUAGGAUGGAGGAGGCCGUGGAACUCAAACGUCAGCAAGAGCGAUAUAUUGACACGACAUCACAUGAAAUGCGCAACCCUCUGUCCGCAAUCCUCCAGUGCGCCGACUCCAUCGCCGCUUCCUUGACCGAACUGAGUGAAGCAAAUCAGCUGACCGGACCUCAAAAGGAAAUCCUCGAACUGACCAUUGACUCCGCUCAAACGAUCACUCUUUGCGCUCAGCAUCAAAAGAGGAUUGUGGAUGAUGUGCUGACGCUAUCUAAGCUCGAUUCUGCUAUGAUGGCGGUGUCGCCCGCAGACACACAGCCUAUCAGUGUAAUGCACAAGGUCCUCAAGAUGUUCGACGCAGAAUUGAAGACAAACGACAUCAAGCUGGAUAUCCAGAUCGAUUCCUCCUACGCCGAUCUGCGAGUGGAUUGGGUACGGGUCGAUCCUCAUCGACUGUCCCAGGUUCUGAUUAACCUCAUGACCAAUGCUAUCAAGUUCACGGCUACACAGGAAAAUCGCGUGGUACGCAUGCACGUAGCAGCGUCCAAGGCAAGACCAUCGCAAGAGGAUAAGUGGAGGCUGACUUACAUUCCAUCCCGCACCUCACAAGACAAAGACGUUACAGCAGGCGGAGAAUGGGGUCUGGGUGAGCCUAUUUUCAUCCACUUCGCCGUGCAGGACACCGGAAGAGGCCUGGAUGACUUGGAGAAGAAGCAACUGUUCCAACGAUUUUCGCAAGCCAGCCCUCGCACUCACGUCACAUAUGGCGGGUCUGGUCUGGGUCUCUUCAUCUCAAGAGAACUGGUUGAGCUGCAGGGCGGCGAAAUUGGUGUGGCUUCGGAGAGUGGGAAAGGAAGUAUAUUUGCUUUUUAUGUCAAAGCACGCAGGUGUCAACGCCCUGACGGUACAUCGGAGGAUGAUCAGGCUGGGUCUCGGAAAGGCUCGAAAUCGACCCUGUUGACGAGCUUGAGCACCCAGAAUUUCUCGCCCACACAGACUGCUCGAUCUACUCCCAAGCCCGCCUCGCCAGCCAGACCUGUCCUCUCAAACGAUUUGCACGUCCUUGUCGUCGAAGACAACCUCAUCAACCAGAAGGUUUUGGCCACACAGCUGCGCAAGAUUGGUUGUGUCGUCUAUGUCGCCAAUCAUGGAGGCGAAGCCAUCGACCAAAUCAGGGCAUCAAAGUUCGACCGAGACCACGUCGCAGAUGGGGUUAACAUUGAUAUCGUCCUGAUGGAUCUCGAAAUGCCCGUCAUGGACGGCCAAACAUGCGCCAAGAGACUUCGAGAGAUGCAGAUGUCUGGCGAGCUCGUCGCACAUAUACCCGUGAUAGCGGUGACGGCGAAUGCGAGGGCAGAGCAGAUCGAGAUGACGCUCAGGAGCGGCAUUGAUGAUGUAGUCAGUAAGCCGUUCCGCAUCCCUGAGCUCGUGCCAAAGAUAAAGGAUGUCAUUGCAAGGGUCGCGAGGGCUCGGGACGAAGAGUAGCGUCCAACGCUCAACGAGCUAAGCGUCCGCAAUUAUUCAGGAAGCCGCGCGGGUCAAGACGGCGACGGUCGUCCAAGGAGGACAGCGACCUCUGAGGCUGUUAGUCCGCUUCACGCGCCGCCAGAGGCCAAAAGGUCAAUUUCCGAUUAACUAGACUGCUGAAGAUACCUGAAGCUCCGCACGACUCGCCCACUCGAGGCAGGCAGGUGUCAAAGCACUAGAGUGAAGCUCCGCACCUGGCACUUGGGACCAACGCACGAAAGAUGAAGACCGUGGGACCACACCCACGUACAUUUCUGGACAUACAAACGCCGGAUACGAGUCUGCCUUCAAUGGGCCGGCGCAUCCCAGCAUGCAGGUCGAGAGUCUUAGUAUCAAUGAUCUACCCUGGUCUUUUUGCCCGGGGCACAAGGGAUCAAAAGGCAUUGGAGCAUCAGGGCUGGCACAGAAGCCAGUGUUGCACCCAACCCGGCUGCACAACUCAUUUUACAUCUUAUCAAAGAACUUGGACAAGGCCGCAUGGGAAGUGUUGACUGCCUUGAUUGUGAGCACGAGCGAUGAGAAGCGGGACUUGAGAUCUUGAUAGAUAGAUAGUAAACGAGAAC